AUGCCUUCCGCAACAGCAACAAAACCUGCGACGGCAGGAACGAAGAGGAAGAGUGCCGGAAAGGAUGGCUAUGUGAAGGAAAAAAAGAAGGCGAAGACUGGUUCUGAUGUCAAAUCGGUAUCAAAGAGCAAAGAUAAGACAAAGCCAAAGCCAGUUCUCAAGAAGACGCAGAAGGUUAAGCAAAUGAGCGAAUCCGAAUCCGACGACUCCGAUGCAGAUGGAGGUGUUGCUCUGGAUGUGAAGGAUUCGAAGGUGGACGAUAGCACAUCAGAUGUAGAGGGAAACGACAGUGAUUCGGAGGAUCUUCCCAAGGUCGCAGAUGGACUGCACCCAGAAAGAGCCAAAGCCGUGGUUACAAAUAGCCAAUCGUCCAAAGAAGCACAUGCGAAGCAGAAGCAAUUGGUGAAGGAACGAAAAGCAGCAAAGCCCCUUGCCGACGACCUCGUCCGAACGAAAAAGCUCUGGGAGAGAUUACGCCGCAAAUCGCACGUCCCGAAGGAAGAAAGAGUCAAAUUAGUCACCGAACUAUUCGACAUCAUCACCGGUCGGAUCAAGGAUUAUGUGUUGAAGCACGACAGCGUCAGAGUAGUUCAAACUGCUAUUAAAUAUGCCAAUCCGGAACAAAAGAGGAUGAUCGCCAGAGAGCUUGCUGGAACAUAUCGUCAAUUGGCCGAGAGCAAAUACGCCAAGUUCUUGAUUGGCAAAUUGUUGAUUCAGGGAGAUGAUGAGAUUAGAGACCUAAUUGUUCCAGAGUUCUUUGGACAUGUUCGUCGGCUUAUCAAGCACCCAGAGGCUUCUUGGAUUCUCGAUGAUGUCUACAGAGGAGUUGCUACCAAGCAGCAAAAGGCUAUAAUAUUGAGGGAAUGGUAUGGAGCAGAGUUUUCUCUUUUCCAAAAGGACGCCAGUGAGAAGGUCACGGGCGAACUUUCUGAAAUACUGGCUGCAGAUUCUGGCAAACGAGCUCCUAUCAUGCGCUCAUUACUCGAGCUCAUCAACCACUUGAUCCAGAAGAAACUGACUGGCUUUACUCUUCUUCAUGAUGCCAUGUUACAGUAUUUCUUGAACGCGAAAUCUGGCACCGAGGAAAUCACCGAUUUUAUAGAGCUCCUCAAGGGAGACGAAGAGGGAGAUUUGAUGAAGAACUUGGCUUUCACGAAAUCAGGAUCAAGAGUCGUUUCUCUCGCAUUGGCUUACGGAACAGCAAAGGACCGAAAACAGAUUCUUAAGACCUACAAAGACACGCUACAGAUGAUGGCAGGCGACCCCAACGGCCACAUCAUCAUCCUCACAGCCUACGAAGUAAUCGACGACACGGUCCUAACCGCAAAAUCCAUCUUCCCCGAACUCCUAAGCAAAGACGCCGAUAAGCAAGUCGAGAAUAUCGUUUUCUCCGCCAACGACCUCAACGCCCGCACCACCCUCCUCUAUCUCUUCCAAGGCAGAUCCAAAGCACUCUUCCCCGCCAGCCUUUCCUCCGACCUCUCAAUACUCUCAGAAAUUGACACCGUACGCCAAAGCACCAGUAAAAAGGACACCGAAAUCAGACGUAGCGAGUUAGCCAAAGCGCUCUCACCCUACCUCCUCAAAGCCAUCGAAGCAGCAGCGGCAGACUUAGUUGCGACAUCCUUCGGCUGUCAAUUCAUCACGGAAGUCCUAUUCGGCGCUGAGGGCGACAAAACUGCAGCUCUAAAUGCAAUUGCGCAGACCGCGGGCGGCGAUCCAACUUGGGUACAGCCAGAGGUUGUUGAGGAAGGCGCCGAGACAGAAAAUACACAGCCGCCUUCCCAUCUCGCUAACACGGCGUUUGGGGGAAAGAUGCUCAAGUCUCUCAUCGCGGGCGGACGUUUCGAUUACAGCACCAAGACCGUUGUACCUGUCGAACCAGCCCUUGAUUUUGCCGAUAUCCUGUACCCAAAUAUCAAAGAGUACAUCAUUGAAUGGGCUACUGGCUCGAGUUCCUUUGUUCCCCUGGCACUUGUUGAAUCAAGUAGCUUUUCCAAGAAAGAAGAGGUGUUGAGCCUGUUGAAGAAGAGUAAAAAGAAGCUUUCGAAAGCUGCUACUGAGGAGACGUUGGAGCAGAAAUCCAAGAGGGAAGCUGCGGCUGAGUUGGAGGCGAAGGGCUCUGGCAAGGCGAAGAAGACAAAGGUCGUUAAGGAGAGAGAAUUGGGCAAUAAGGGCGCUGCGCUACUGUUGGAAAUGCUGUGA